AGAAUCAUGGCUCGUACCAAGCAGACUGCUCGCAAAUCCACUGGUGGCAAGGCGCCUCGUAAACAGCUGGCCACCAAGGCUGCUCGUAAGAGUGCCCCGGCUACUGGUGGUGUCAAGAAACCCCAUCGUUACCGCCCCGGUACCGUCGCUCUUCGUGAGAUCCGUCGUUACCAAAAGUCAACAGAACUCCUGAUCCGCAAGUUGCCGUUCCAGCGCCUGGUCAGAGAAAUUGCCCAAGAUUUCAAGACCGACUUGCGUUUCCAGAGCUCAGCUGUCAUGGCGCUCCAGGAGGCAAGUGAGGCCUAUUUGGUAGGUUUAUUCGAAGACACCAACUUGUGCGCCAUCCACGCCAAACGAGUCACCAUCAUGCCCAAGGACAUCCAGCUUGCCCGCCGUAUCCGUGGUGAACGUGCUUAAUUGCAUCUGUAAACAGUCGAUAUCCAAACGGCCCUUUUCAGGGCCAUCAAAUAUGAAUUGAAACGUGAAUCUCAACUUUUGCAACUAUUUAUAGACUUCGCAUUCUGU